UCCCCCUCCAACUCUGGCUUUGUAGCCCAGGGGGUUGCGAAAGCCCAGGACUACAUAAAGUGUUCCCUGUCCAGGCACCACCAUCAACACUUGGGCUCUCCAGAGGCUACAGGGACCGGCACUGUCUGUACAGGAUGGACCACACAGAGAGAGCUCUGCCCUGGCUGCUGCUGCUGGCUCUGGCCUUGCUGGGCAGCACCACCGCGGAGCGGGACUGCCGAGUGAGCAGCUUCAAAGUCAAGGAGAACUUCGACAAGACCAGGUACAGUGGCACCUGGUAUGGUAUGGCAAAAAAAGAUCCUGAGGGACUAUUUCUGCGGGACAAUGUGGUAGCCCAGUUCACUGUAGAUGAGAAUGGACAAAUGAGUGCUACUGCAAAGGGCAGAGUCAGACUCUUCAAUAACUGGGAUGUCUGUGCUGACAUGAUCGGCUCUUUCACUGACACAGAGGAUCCUGCCAAGUUCAAGAUGAAGUACUGGGGUGUUGCCUCUUUUCUGCAGAAAGGAAAUGAUGAUCACUGGAUAGUGGACACAGAUUAUGAUACAUAUGCUCUUCAUUACUCCUGCCGCCAGCUGAACGCGGACGGCACUUGUGCUAACAGCUAUUCCUUUGUGUUCUCCCGGGACCCCAAGGGUUUGCCUCCAGAGGCACAGAAAAUUGUCAGGCAAAGGCAGAUGGACCUCUGUUUGGACAGAAAAUACAGAGUUAUCGUUCAUAAUGGAUUUUGCUCUUAAGGAGGUCCAAAACUAUGGAAAGAAACCAUGCAACAGCACCAUGGAUGUAAAGUUAACACAUUGAUCGGGUGUUCCCUGGAAAAUGUUUCAAAUGGCUUCGUUUAGAUUUUGAAUAUAUUUAUCUGACCUAUGUAGCUCACCUUGUUGAUAAACCAAUGAAACAUUUUAAUAAACUUGGAUUACAGGGAAUGAAAA